AUGACUGGGGGUGAAGUUAUGAUUGUUCUCAAGCAGCGCAGGCCUCGAAGGCUUGUUGAUCGGAACCUCUGUGCAGUCGCCGAUGAUAAUACGAUAGUUCAAGGUCUCGACUGCUUGAUUCUUGGGAAGGCGCUAUCCGUGCCAGACUGUUAA